GAACGAUCUUCAUAAACCCUACUUUGUUGCCGCCACUCUUGCGCCACUUUUUACUUGAGCUAGCUAAAAAAACAUGGGAAGCGAUACCGAAGCAGAGAAGUCGAUUCAAAAGGAAAAGAAGAGGGUUAUUUCUCUUGCGCCUAUCGCUAAACCUCUUGCCGGAAAAAAGCUUCAGAAGAGGACUUUUAAACUCAUUCAAAAAGCUGCUGGACAGAAAUGUUUGAAGAGAGGCGUAAAGGAAGUGGUGAAGAGUAUCAGACGUGGCCAAAAAGGAUUAUGUGUUAUAGCUGGAAACAUAUCUCCUAUUGAUGUGAUUACCCAUCUUCCAAUCUUGUGCGAGGAAAACAGUGUUCCCUACGUAUACGUACCAUCCAAAGAAGAUCUUGCGCAAGCUGGGGCUACAAAAAGACCAACUUGUUGUGUUUUGGUCAUGCUUAAACCGGCAAAAGGAGAACUAAGUGCUGAAGAUCUUCAGAAGUUAAAGACAGACUACGAGCAAGUUGCUGACGAUGUUAAAGAGCUUUCAUCUUCUGUAAUCUGAUUAGAAACUAGAAUGAAGAACAAAAAGACACACUAACAUGUGUUUCUGUUGUGCCUUGAGGGUUGGUUAAUGAAUAUGAUGUGAUUUUGAGGCCUUGAAGUUGCUUUGCACAAUUAUUCAAUUUUACGGACGAUUUAUAGUUUUAGUUUUGUCUUUUGUGGUAGUAGUUUGGAAAUAUAAAGAAAAGUUCU